GACGGAUGUAAACAAAAUUGAAAAUAGUUACGACUACGAUUGUCGAGUACAACAAAAAUGUGUAUAAUUGUAUACGUGCACCGUGCACAGGCUACGAUUGAGUAAUGUUUGUAAAUAAAGGGUGAUGUGCAAGACAUUGGGUUGUCAUUAUGGACACCGAGUCUAUAAGGUCCAUGAGUGAGUACAGUUCCAAAUACAAGAGUCACUCACUAAAAUCUGGUAGUAAUCAUAGAUCUAACAGUUAUAAAAAUAAUACUCGAACUGCUCGCAAAUAUUCUGAUAGCUUAAAUAAUCCAUACGAAACAACUAUGGCACCAUAUCAAACUACUGUGAUGUUAGAUGAUACAAGAGAUGGACAAGAUGUUGUUGAAGUGCAAAUAUUACCACAAGAUGAAAAUUGGGGUGAAAACACUACAGCAAUUACUGGUAAUACUUCAGUACAGUCUGGAUCAAUGGAAGAAAUGGGCGCUCUUUGGCCAGAUACUGAACAAAAAAGUGCUUUUCCAAUAUUGUGCCAUCGUUAUAUAGCUACUACCUUGACUGGGCUUUUGUCUCUAGUCGCUUUUCUUAGCCCGUUAGCUAUGCUAGUUUUACCAAAAUUAGGUGUUUUUAGUCCCGCAGCUACAAAUCUUAGCCCUCAACAAAGAGAAACCCUGUUAAACUGUGGCGCAGAAUGUAAAGGAGUGUUAGUUUCAUUAGCAUUUAAAAUGUUUUUAUUGGCUGUGGCGUCAUGGGCAAUUUUCCUACGUCCCAUGAAAGCAACCAUGCCCCGUAUUUAUGUUUUUAGAGCAAUCGUUUUAGCAUUAGUGUCGAUUUGCUGUGGUAUUUUUUGGCUUUUCUAUGUAGUUCAAGUCACGGAAGGAGUACGAGCAACAGCUACAGGUGAAGAUUUACUUGAGUAUCGUGCCUUAGUAUCUUAUUCUUCUUCCCUAUGUGAUUGUUUACUUUGUAUUCAUUAUGUUGCCAUAGUGUUAAUGGAAAUAAGACAUCUUCAGCCAGCUUUCUACAUCAAGGUUGUUCGGAGUCCUGAUGGUGAAAGUCGAUCAUAUCCUAUUGGUCAGUUAAGCAUUCAGCGUGCCGCUGUUUGGGUUCUUGAACGAUAUUAUACUGAAUUUUCCAUAUACAAUCCAUACCUAGAGCGUUUACCAGUCUCAAAGUCAAAAAAAAAUGCUUCCAGCUUUAAAUUUUAUGAUAUUGAAGGUAUUGGAAGUAAUACGCUUCAAAUGAGCCAAUCAAGAGGUACAAUGAAUGGUCAUGCUAGACGUCGAGACUCAAGUCAUAAUGAACGAUUCUAUGAAGAACAUGACUAUGAACGAAGAGUUAAGAAGCGAAGAGCCAGACUCUUAACAGCUGCAGAAGAAGCAUUCACCCAUGUUAAACGAUCACAUCACGAUCCUGGUGGUGGUUCUGCAAUGGAUCCAUAUGAAGCUGCUCAAGCUGUUUUCCCAACUAUUGCACGAUCUCUUCAAAAAUAUUUAAGAGUAACUAGGCAACAGCCAAGGCAUACUGUAGAGUCAAUUUUGUCUCACCUUGCUUUAUGUUUAACUCAUGAUGCUUCACCAAAGGCAUUUUUAGAACCUUACUUGAGUGCAUCUCCUGUAUUACAAAACGAAAAAGAACAAAAAUCACUUCAAUCUUGGUCAUUAAUUUGUAAUGAAUUAUUGACUCGAGCACUCAAAGAUGGAACUGUGUUUCAAUUACGGCAAAAUGAUCUUUCACUUUUGUGUACAAUACAUAAGCUUCCCCAUUUUAGUAUUAUCGAGGAAGUUAUCAAUCCAAAAUCAAAUAGAUUUGUUCUUAAGUUGAACUCUGAAACUUCAGUCUAAAUGUUUUAUUAUUUUUGACAUAACUAUUAGACUUGACAAACCAAGAUUCAAUGUAUUUUCUAGUCUUCAAAUUUAAUUGAGUAUAAACUACUUAAUUUUUUAAAGUAUAUUAGGUAUGCCUCAAAAUUAAGUGUACUAUUUUUUUCUUAUCAAUUUAGGAUAUAUAUAUAUAUAUAAUUACAAGUUAUAUCUUUCUAAGUAUAAUCCUUAGGUGGUUUUAUUUUUAGUGAUAUUGUUUUUGGAUAAAAACUCAAACUAAUAAUGGUGAGUGAGUAGGUGUUUUGUCAUAGUAAAAGCACUUAAUCAUCAACAAAAGUGCUCAGUUAUUUUAAGUAAAAAUUUUCAAUGAACAAUUUUGCUGUUUUUAACAAAGAAGAUGAUCAUUGUUUUCACUUUAAAUUAACAUUUCAUUAUUUGUUUGUAGGUUAGGUUUGUUUUUCAAUAUUUUCUCAACUAUUUGGGUAAGCUUUGUGCCAAUUAAAAACCCUACUAUUGGUAAUAUCUGUAGUAAUUGUCAGUCUAUAGGGUGCAAUUUAAUAUUUUUUUAAACUUUUUGUGAGCAAAUUUUUAAUUGUUCACACAUUUUAUUGUGUAUUGAUCAAUA